AUGUCAAAAGACUUCCUUAUUUUUCUUCUAAUUUUUCUACAGAUAAACUAUUCACAAUCAGAAAUAGAAAAUCGGGAAAGAUGUGCGUUCUUUGAUAUUUAGAUUCUAAAACAAUAUUGUCAAAAUCGUAUUUCAGCGUAUAUUCAAGAAGCUCAUCAAGCUCUUCAUCGAGAUAUUUUCAAUCAAUACGAUAAAAAUGCAUCGCCAAUAUUUCAAGAUUUGGGCGAAUUGUCAAAUGACACGUGGAGUUAUUCACAAUUCUUCGAUGAUUUGACAGUUACAGAUAUUGAUGAAGCUAAUGAGUUGAUUAGUGUUGUUGUGGAUAUUUAUCAAGUUUGGACAGAUUAUCGAUUGACUUGGGACCCGGCUGAAUACGGUAAUAUUUCCUAUAUUUUCACAAGGCAAGAUGCUGUUUGGAGUCCGCCGUUUUCAGCAUUUUCAACGUGAGUUUCAAGAGUAUUUUAACAACAAUAAAUUGUUCAUUUACAGAAGUGAGAUCAAAGAUCAUCGUGAUCAAAUGUUCCGGAGUGUUGGAAUCCAAUCAAAUGGUUCUUUGAUGGCUCAUGUUCCAAUGGAAAUCACUGCCACGUGUAAUCUAGUUAUGGACGACUUCCCAUUCGAUUUUCAGAUUUGUGAAAUCAAAACUGGAACUGCUUUAUUUCCAGCCGCCGUUUAUACAAUGGGAAUAUCUGUCGCAGAAAGACUGAGAGAAAAUCCAUGUCUAAUGGUACUCUCAACCCCAAAAAACACUCAACAAAAAGAAAUUUCAGGGAAAUUCGGGUUGGGAUGUUAUAAAUAUGACAACUGGUGUGAUAACUGUCGAUGGACACGAUGAAAGUGAUUAUAAGGCACUUCAGGGUGUUAUUCGAUUUCAUUUGAAAAGGAAUUCGAGUUUUUAUAUUUAUAUGAUUAUUUUGCCAAUUGUUAUUAUUAAUGGAAUCGCGUUUUUGGGAAUAUUUUUGAAGAAAAAUACAAAAAUAGAAAGGGUGAGUGAGAAAUUGAAAAAGUCUCUUUGGCUUUACGUAUUUUCAGGUAACAGUCGGUCUAACCCACAUUAUGACAAUGACAUUUAUCCUAGGAAUGAUGGGCGAAAAAAUCCCGCACACUGCUAAAGUUCCCCUUCUUGGCCUCUACAUUAUUUUCAGUUUAUGUUCAAUGAUUGUCGCAAUUUUCCUAUCAACCUACAGAAGUUUGAUAGCGGGUUAUUUGAGGAAUAUUAAAAGUGAUAAUGAUAAUGCGGCAGAGUAAGUUAACGUAACUCAAAGAUCCUAGAUCAAGUACGAUUUCCAGUAAUCAUCAAAAAGAGCCGCUUGUUCCUUCUGCUCCAACCAAAUCUGAUCGACUUUAUCAAUUAUUUCAUACUUGGCUUCGUUAUACAUUUAUAAUUCUUCUUCAACUUGUCAAUCUCGCCUCAUUUUUCUAUAUGAUUUAUAGAUAUAUUGAUUUUGAAUUGACUCAUCGAGAUGAGCUAAAUCGAUGUGCACAAGCAAAAACUAGUCUUUCGAUGGAUUUUGAAUAUAAUUCCAAAAGAAAGGAGCUCUGA